AAAGCGCGUCAUAACUUACUUCCCAUCCACCCAUCCUUCAUCCCACGUUUACGUACCACCGAAUACCAAAAAAACCAUCAUCAGUCGGUCGGUCACUCAUUAUGGAUUCAUACCAGGAGCCAACGGGUGAGGAGCCACCCACCAUCGAUCCUUAUGAGGUCCUCUCUCUGGACCAUACGGCCACUCCAGAUCAGGUCAAGGCCGCAUACCGAAAGGCCGCAUUGAAGAACCAUCCUGACAAGGUCCCCGAGGACCAAAAAGCCAGCGCGCACGAAAAGUUCCAGCAGAUCGCCUUUGCGUACGCGGUGCUGUCUGACCCGGCGCGGCGGGCCCGCUACGACGCGACGGGCUCGACGUCCGAGUCGAUCGUGGACUCUGACGGCUUCGACUGGAGCGACUUUUACCGGGCGCAGUUCGCCGACGCCGUGUCGGGCGAGGCGAUUGAGAAGUUUGCGCGCACGUACAAGGGCUCCGACGAGGAACGCGACGACGUCUUGGCCGCGUACGAGGCCGGUCGCGGCGACCUCGACGUCGUCUACGAGUCUGUCAUGCUCAGCAACGUCCUCGAGGACGACGAGCGGUUCAGGGCCUGGAUCGACGAGGCGAUUUCCAAGGGGGACGUUGAGGGGUUCAAGGCGUACACCAAGGAGAGCAAGAAGAAGAGGGACAAGAGGGUCAAGGACGCAAAGGGCGAGGCGGCCGAGGCGGAGGAGUAUGCCAAGGAGCUCGGGGUGCAUGGCAAGUUGUUUGGCGGCGGUGCUGCCGGGGAGGGUAAGGGCAAGGGGAAAGGGAAGAAGAAGGAUGCCGGCGGCGAGGAUGCGCUUGCGGCGCUGAUCCGGGGCAGGCAGGCCGAUCGGAUGGACGCCCUGGACCGGCUGGCCGAGAAGUACGGUGCCGCUGCGCCCAAGGCGAAGAAGAAGGGCAAGAAGCGCGCGGCGGAAGACGAGGACGACGAGGACGGCGGUGAGCCCUCAGAGGAAGCGUUCCAGGCUACGCAGGCCCGCCUCUUUGGUAAAAAGUCGAACGGGGAGAAGGCAGCUGCAGGAUCUACGAAGAAGCGAACUAGGCGUGGUUGAUUCUGUGCUCCGCUGAACUUGGGGACAUUUGGUCAUGUACAUGGCAAAGGCGUUACUGUUUGGGGUUCUGGCGUUCCUGUUUGCGCUUAUUGCUUGCUUUGUUAUUGUGUUUUGUUUUCUCGGACAGAUGGAUAUACCACUUUGGAGGAUGGCACGGCGUUUCGAGGCAAGAAGUCAAAAAAGGUAAUUUGAGAAAAUAGGGAAUCAAUGUGAAUAGGACUCAAGGCAGUGAAUUUCUU